UCAAUACGCCUUAAUUAUUUCUAACUGUUUAUUUAUAUACAUAUAUCUAAUAUUCCGCAGAUGGAUCUUUCCUAUAAUAUAUGUUCAUCACGUUACUGCAAUAUAUGCAUCCUGUUGGAAAUAGAAAUGCAAGCAAAGGGAACACCAAUGAAGAGGCCGAAGCACAUAAAAUUGUUUAAGUGCAGUGGCUGCAAAUUAGUACUGUAUUGUAGUGAAGAGCAUCAACGAAUUGAUUGGCAAAUGCAUCGUAAUUUCUGCCGCGCCAUCAGCUUGAUUAUGAGGAACUGUCAAGUACCCCAUCCGUACUAUAUAAAUGGCGUGCCUAAAGAUGAGUAUGCGCUGGGACGUGCUAUAGUUCAAGUGAAAUAUUUGCUUCGCACACUAUUUGGACGAAAUCUCGAAUUUCGAGAAGAGGAACUGGCUUCAUAUCCGGCAUAUUGUGAAAUUUGUUAUAACAUGAUUCACUUGCGUAGCUGUAACGACUGCUAUGGAGUUUCUUAUUGCUCAACCGAACAUGCCAAAGAGGACCUCGAACGGCACAGGAAAAAAUGCGGCCUACUUCAAUUAUACUACAGUCCAUACAAAGUACAAGUACAAAUGCCGUCAGAAGUUCUCCUCGACGAUUUGCAAAAUCCAGUAGAAGAUUUUCUGACUAAGGAUUUGUUUGGAGCCUGGGAGCAAAUCACUUCAAAGAAGUUGCCUAAAAAUCCGACACUCUCAAUAAUAGACUAUCAGCUCUUUGCAUGUGCGGCAGACUUCAGUUGUAUGGGCACCAUUUGUUUUACACUCAGUUUUACGGAUAUGAAAGACUUCGCUGGCACCAAAUUUAUAAUUUUCAUCUUGGGUGCCACAAUAGAACAAGAUUUUUGGUUUCGCCAAAUUCACACAAAGUGGUUUUUCUUGCAAUACCCGCAGUUUACGAGUUUAGAGCUACACUUCAUAGGUCCGGAUGUGAUGGGUUCUGAUAUACGAGAUAUUACCUAUAAUUACAAUGGCUGCGAUCGCAGUGUGUUAUACGUCAGAUAUCGCAUGUUAUUCCAAGAUUUCGCCAAAGAAGUGAGUCUGACACCUUCAUUAAUCGCUGCCUUUAAUUGUGAUUUCUGUGAGUAUUUUCCACCCGUAACAUUUGAACAGAGCGAAGUAGAGGAACCGACGGGGGGGAAUCCAAGUAGUAUAAGACUCAAAAAAGAUACUUGGCCAGGUGCCAUUCAAGAAUUGUUGCUAACAUAUAAUUUACCCAUACUUUUUACCUCAAUGACUCGCGUAGAGGCAAUUUAUGACUUUGAUGUAUUGAGACGGGUACUUCACAAAGAACCUUUAGGAACGCGUAUUUGUCGUUUAUUUAAACUUACAGUGAACCCUUUUCGUGAUAUCCGCCCACUGCGGAAUUGGCGGAAGCACAGUGGCGAAGAUGAGAUUUGCUUCCGGAACGGUUAUUUGCAAGCGGUAGUAACUCGUCUUGAUACCUAUAACUGAGUACUUGCGGUGGGAGAAGAGUGUCAACGGAACAUUUUAACUGUAACACACGUACAAAUUCUUAGUGUUUUAAACAUAUUGAAUAAAAAAUAUUAAGUAUUUAUAAGAUGUUAAGCUAAAUAUUAUAUUAAAACCUGAAGACUGCUAAUUUUGUUUUAUAGAACUUUUUGUUAGUUCAAGAACACAUACAUAUACACAAGUGCCUACAUAGAUUAUAUAAAAAAUGUGAGCUCAACUAUAGGCUUAAGAUUAUUUUCAAUUCAUUGAUAUAUUGUAUUGUUUUUAAUCGCAUUUAAAUGUUUAUUAAAAGAUAAAAGUCUGAAUAUAUGUAUUGGCUAGUUUAAAGUAUGUUGUAAGUUUAUUACCACUUGUCUGACUAAUUUAAAUACAAUAGUUAUUGUUGAAGAAGCAAUCGUUUAAAUGGUUUGCCGUA